AUGCCCGAGCGAAUGUACACGAGGUUCGACGACUCGGACGACGAAAAACCCGUUGUCAACAAACCUACCACCACGACCUUACCGCCAAAUAAAAGCAAGCCAAAGCCUGUUAAUACCGAUAAAUCAUUGGGGUUCUCGAGUAAGAAACGCAAGCGAGACGAGUCCGGUCCGCAGCCGAAGACGCAUAAUGAGACCAUAGUCGUAUCAAGACCGCAAGCAGAUUCUUCGGUCAAGAAUCAAGCAAACGGCAAGUCGCACGAUUUCAAAAGAAAGCCGCACCGCGCACAGCAAGAUAAUUCGUUCGUAUCACAUUCGAUCAAGGAAAAGGCGAGGGUAUUACUUGAGACGCGCAAGAAGCUCCCGAUCUUCCAACAUGCAGACGAAAUCCGCCAAAAAUUAAAAGACAACAAUGUCAUGCUACUCAUCGGUGAAACCGGUAGCGGUAAAAGUACGCAAGUACCACAGUUCCUCGUGGACGAGCCGUGGUGUCAAAUGAAAAAAGUCAAAGUUUCAACUACAACGGACAAUGAUGGCACUCAAAAGAAGAGCAUACCGGUUGGCGGAUGCGUCGCAAUUACACAACCCAGACGAGUAGCAGCAAUUUCACUCGCAAGGCGUGUCGCUGAAGAAAUGGGAACUCCGCUCGGAAAGGCUUCUCCUGCUAGCAAAGUAGGCUACUCAGUCCGAUUUGAUACGUCGGUGUCUCCGUCGACACGCAUCAAGUUUUUGACAGAUGGAAUGUUGCUGCAGGAGAUGUUGCAUGAUCCGUGGUUGACAAAGUAUAGUGCUGUGGUUGUUGAUGAGGUUCAUGAACGAGGUGUCAAUGUGGAUUUGGUGCUGGGUUUUUUGAAGAACAUUCUUGAGAGUAAAGGUGAAGGGCGUGGGGGGUUGCCGCUGAAGGUGAUUGUCAUGAGUGCUACGGCAGAUAUGGAGAGUUUGCUGGGGUUUUUCGGCCAAGAAUCGGAGGCAACGCAAAAUGGGCUGACAUCUGAUGAUGGUGGAAAUCGUCAGUCCGCGGUCUCGGCGUGUCAUAUCAAAGGUCGUCAGUUCCCUGUUCAAACCAUCUAUUCACCAGCACCAGUGCACGACUUUGUGGAUGCAGCACUCGAAACGAUUUUCAAUAUACACAUCAAAGAGCCUAUGCCAGGAGAUAUACUCGUGUUUCUCACCGGUCAGGAAACAGUCGAGAACCUAGAGUAUCUGGUCAAUGAAUACGCAGUCGGAAUGGACCCAUCACUACCAAAAGUACUCGCUCUACCAUUAUUCGCAGCCCUUCCACAAGCAGCCCAGCAACGAGUCUUUGCACCCGCACCACCACGAACAAGAAAGAUCAUUCUUGCGACCAACAUCGCAGAAACUUCCGUCACUGUAUCUGGUGUCCGAUUCGUGGUUGAUUGCGGCAAGGCGAAAAUGAAACAGUUUCGCUCCCGACUUGGGCUGGAUUCGCUGCUGGUCAAGCCAAUCUCAAAAUCAGCUGCAAUUCAGCGCAAAGGUCGUGCUGGUCGAGAGGCGCCUGGAAAAUGUUGGCGGUUAUACACGGAAGGGGAUUAUUUAGCUCUGGAUGAGGCUAAUACGCCUGAGAUCCUACGUUCUGAUCUAAGUCAGAGUUUGUUGACUAUGAAAGCUCGCGGGGUGGACGAUAUUAUGAAUUUCCCAUUUCUUACUCGACCACCACGGGAUGCAUUAGAGAAGGCGCUCCUUCAGCUAUUCAACAUUCAAGCUUUACAAGAGACAGGCAAGAUUAGUGAGAUUGGCUUACAAAUAGCAAAGUUGCCUCUCACGCCACCUUUAGGUCGGGUGCUUUUAGCAGCUGCAGAACACGGCCAGAACUGUCUCUUGGAUGUGAUUGAUAUUAUAUCAAGUCUAAGCGUAGAAAAUAUCUUCCUCAAUACAACCUCCGAAGAGAAAAAAGAGGAAGCCGAGAAAGCUCGAAGAGACCUUUACAGGAGAGAAGGCGAUCAUUUGACCAUGUUGAUGACUGUGCAAGGUUAUGCAGCGGAGAAUACGGAUAGAAAGUCUUGGGCUGAGCGGCAUAUGGUUUCUCAUCGAGCCAUGCAGUCCGUUAUGGACGUCCGCAAACAACUAACUGCCCAAUGCAAACAAGCCAAACUCCUCACAGACCACGACACCUCAACCGAAAAACGUCCUCCCCCGGACGCGUUAUCCGCCGUCUCAAUCCUGAAAAGCUUUCUGGCCGGCUUCUCAACCAAUACCGCUCGUUUAGUGCCGGAUGGCUCCUAUAGAACAGUUGUGGGUAAUCAGACGGUUGCUAUUCAUCCUUCGAGCGUACUGUUUGGAAAGAGGGUGGAGGCGAUUAUGUAUAAUGAGUUUGUGUUUACGAAUAGGAGUUAUGCAAGGGGGGUUAGUGCGGUGCAGAUGGAUUGGGUUGGGGAGGUAUUGGCUGGAUAA